AUGUUGGAUCUAUCAUGUUCCAGGAUUUACGACUCACAGUUCGAGCUCUGGCACACAUCCCGUUCACCUUUUGCUUCUCUGAUCGGAACAAACCAUGUACCCACUCUAUCCGAACUCAAUCAGCUCGAAUCCCUGCUCGUUUUUCCUUAUAACGAACACCAUAGACUGACCACCGAAAUUCGUCGUGUUCAGACCAUCCUGAACGGUCUGAUACAUGAACAACAGCUAAUUGAAAAGUAUAUCGAGGCUCACAAGGCUUUGAUGUCUCCAGUACGACGACUACCUUCGGAAACACUCUCCGAGAUAUUUAAAUGGUGUCUUCCAAAUGAUCUUCCAUAUGCUGUCAGAAAUCCAUCUCAGGCGCCACUUAUUUUUACCACAAUCUGUCGAGCUUGGAGGCGUACGGCAAUAAACACUCCUGGGCUGUGGAACUCGUUACACGUGUACCUUCCU